AUGCUCGCUUUAUCCGCAAUUUCACUUUUAAUUGUUCCCGUUUGGAGUAAUGGCCUCUGUCGUAUGGACUUGGUGAAUCAGUUUAUAAUUUGGUCUAAGGAAAAUGGUAUGAUUUGUAAUCCGUCGAAAUGUAAAGAAAUUAUUUUUCGCAAGAAAGGUUUUAUUCAGGAUAUUGCGCAAGUUAAUAACAUUCCGCAAUGCACGAAGCCGCCCAUUUUAGGUGUUACGUUACAAGAGAAUUGUAAAUAUAGCGAACAAGUACGUGCAAAGUUGAUUAAGGCAAAUAGGUGUUUGUUUGUACUAAGAUCUUUACGGAAGGAAGGUUUCAGUCAAGAUGAAGUAGACCACCUAAUUAGCGCCUUAGUUUUACCAAACUUCACUUAUGGUCUGCCUGUUUAUGGCGCUAUAGACUCAGAUCUCACGGUCAUACAAAACUUCAUGGACAGAUGCUUCAAAAGGAAAUACACAUCUAAGAGAAUAGACAUUCGAGAACUUUUAGAAAAGGCAGAUAAGAAGAUUUUCAAGGUACGUUCAGUGGAUCCCGAUUGCGCGCUUAGUCACAUCAUUCCGAAGAAGAAAGAAACAAAGGACCAACUCAGAAACAGAAGUGCUCGUCGCCCAGAUAUAAAGACUGACAGAUUUAAGAAUGUUUUUGUAAAUAGGCUUAUCUUUAAA